CAUUGGCUUAGGUUGCUGUGAGUGUCUCUGAAAGACUUUAUUGCUUCUCAAAACGAAGAGUCCACACUCAAGAAUCAGCAGCAACCUGACUGCAACGGACUUCAGACAACAGCCAUUUACUUCAUAAGGAAACAUUAGCUGUUUUCUGAAUCAAGAUGUUUAAAAUACGUAAAGCUAAGGACGAGGAGCCAACGGCCCCGGGCCAGGUGAAAAUAAAAAAGAGGUCAAAAGUGCCUGGAGUUAUGAUAACCCAGUAUGUGGAAGAACUUCCUGAAGGCAUGACCACCCCAGAUUUCACCCGGAAACCCAUUGCUAUAACCAUACAAGAAGGAAAACCGGUUAUCUUCAAAGCAGUGGUUAUUGGUAAACCAACACCUACCGUCACCUGGGCGAGAAAUAAUGGGGAAAUUAAUGAAGAAAGGUACCAAAUCAUCCAUGACAAAAGUUCAGGAGAGUACCAACUAAAGAUGCCAGACGUAUGCGUGGAUCUAGCUGAUACCUACAAGUGUUAUGCCAGGAAUGAGUACGGAAAAGCUGUUGUGACUGCUACACUUAAUGUUAUUGAGGUUGGCUUCAAAAAGAACAGAGCCUUGCAAGAAUCAAGAACAGCUAUCCGAGAGAUACCAGAGGACUUCAAAAAGGCCUUGAAACAUAACGUUGAUAUUGAUGCAAAAGAAGAUACAAAAACAGAAACUGAUGAGAAGUUUUGGGAAGUGUUGAUGAGUGCUGACAAGAAGGAUUAUGAAAGCAUCUGUGUUCAGUAUGGUGUCACAGACUUCCGUGGGAUGCUGAAAAAACUAAAUGAGAAGAAGAUUGAAAGAGAGCAACAGCAGGAAAAGGUUGUUGAAAGGCUUUGCAAUCUAAAGCCUAUUGAACUGAAAUCUGAUGGUGAUGCAGAGUUCGAACUUGAAAUGUCAAUGAGAGACCCUACAAGUAAAAUCUUCUUGUUCAAGGAUGGAGUCAUGAUUCCCUUUGAUGCAGACACAGAGUCAAAACAUGGACUGAAGCAAGUGGGAAAGAAGUUUGUGUUUAGCAUCAAUGGUGUUGAUGCUGAGGAUGCAGGAUUAUACCAAGUUGAGGUUGAUGGAGUUAAGAUCUUCUCGACAGAUUUCAAACUUCCCCCUGUAGACUUCCUGGUUAAGAUUCAAGAUGUGAAAGCAGAGGAGAGAGAGGAUGCUGUUUUUGAGUGUGUUAUCUCACACCCCCUGAAAAAGAUAACUUGGAUGGGAAAGAAUGUCACACUUGAGCAAGGUGAAAAAUAUGACAUCCUGGUGUCCGAGGACAUGUUGAUUCAUUCGUUGGUGGUGAAGGACUGCGCUCCAUUGGACAAAGGAAUAUAUGCGGCGGUGACUGGAAUGGCAUCCUGCAGUGCAUGGCUUAUUGUGGAAGAACAAGGAGUAUACUUCACCAGCGGUCUGUCAGAUGUAACCACCAUUAUUGGGACUAAUGCAGAACUGGUCUGCAGGCUGAGCAAUGAGGAAUGUGAUGGAGUCUGGUACAAAGAAGGAAAAGAGAUAACAGCUACAGAUAAUAUCUGUAUUGUAAAAGAUGGGACCUUUCGCAAACUAAUUAUCAAAAACUGCACAGAAGAUGAUGCUGGAAAGUACAGAUGUGAGGCCGAUGGCCGUAAAACAGAGGCUGUGCUGAAUGUUGAAGAUCCACCCAGAAUUACCCCCGAGGACCUCACUGAGUUCAUAAAACCUGUUACAAUAAAAACUGGGAAAGAUGCAGCUUUCAAAGUCACUUUUCUUGGCCGGGAACCACUGAAGAUACAGUGGUACAAUGAGGGUGACGAGCUUUUGGAGGAGACCCAUAUCAAGAUCGAAAAGUCUUCCUCACACAGCCGCCUGCUGUUAACCAAGUGCCAACGCAAAACCACGGGAGAAAUUAAGAUUAAGAUUAAAAAUGAGUGUGGAACAACUGAAGCCAUCACACAGCUUGUUGUAUUAGAUAAACCAACACCACCCCUCGGCCCAGUGGAUAUCAUUGAAAGUUCUUCAGCUUGCAUUGAUUUCAAAUGGAGGGUCCCAAAAGACAAUGGAGGUUCCCCUAUCACAGACUACAUCCUGGAGCGCCAGCAAAUUGGACGCAACAGCUGGAAGAAAUUAGGCAAGAUUGGCCCAGAGCCUAAAUACAGGGAUUCUGACGUGGAUCAUGGUAGAAAGUACUGCUACCACAUCAGGGCAGAAACUGAUCAUGGUAUCAGUGAAAUGAUGGAGACUGACGACAUUCAGGCAGGGACAAAAGCGUACCCUGGAGCUCCCUCUAUGCCAAAAAUCGUUAGUGCUUUCAAAGACUGUAUCAAUCUUGCUUGGUCUGCACCUACCAAUACUGGAGGAACCAACCUUUUUGGAUACAACGUUGAGAAACGCAAGAAUGGCAGUAAUCUGUGGAGUCAAGUCAACCCACCAGAUCAGCCCAUUAAAGAGAAAAAGUAUGCAGUGAAGGACGUCGUUGAAGGCAUUGAGUAUGAGUUCCGUGUAUCAGCUAUCAACAUUUCUGGUGCUGGAGAGCCAAGUACACCUUCUGAAUUUGUGAUUGCAAGAGAUCCAAAGAAGCCCCCUGGUAAAGUCAUUGACCUGAAAGUGACAGACUCCACAUACACCACUUUAUCACUGGGCUGGAUCAAACCCACUGAGGAGGAAGGGGUUCAAGAUGAGGCCAAAGGAUACUUUGUGGAGCUUAGACCAGCAGAAGACCCGGAAUGGGGGCGCUGUAACUCCACUGCUAUCAUUAUGAACUCCUAUACUAUUAUGGGUCUGAAGUCUAUGGCCAUGUACUGGGUAAGAGUUUUAGCCACUAAUGAGGGUGGAGAUGGUGAGCCUCAAGAGCUGGACAACUACAUCAUUGCAAUGCCUCCUCCAGUGAAACCUCAAUUCACUGACAAAAAAAUAAAUAACUUCAUGGUGAUGAGAGCUGGAAACUCUGUUCGCAUCAACUUUAACUUUCAGGCCUCUCCUGUACCAAUUAUUAAUUGGCUUAAGGACGGUCUUCCCGUGGCCAAGCAUGUGACAGUGAGCAACACAGACACAUCAUCACAGCUAAUCAUUGCUGCAUCAGAACGUCAUGACACUGGAAUCUACACAAUCAUUGUGAAGAACAUUGUUGGUCAAGAGACCUCUAGUGUUGAGAUAAGAGUCACAGAUGAGCCAAAGCCUCCAGGCCCUGUGGAACUUGAUGAGAACGUGAUGGGAACCGUGACAGUCUCCUGGACGCCCUCUCCAGAUGAGAAGAAGGAUGACAGGCUGCACUACAUUAUCACCAAGCGUGAUUCUGUCAAACGUUCUUGGCAAACUGUGGCAGACCACCUCUUCAACAAUAAGUUCACUGCCAUCAACAUCAUGCCUGGAAGGCAGUAUAACUUCCGGGUAUAUGCCAAGAAUGACAUGGGGCUAUCCAAACCCUCUGAGUCAGCUCCAUGGGAAGUAAAAAGAACAAAAGAGACAUUUUCAUUGGACCUUCCUGUCUCUAAGGAUUGCAGUUUUGAGAUGCCGCCUGCAUUCUCUGUUCCUCUUAAAAAGCACAAUAGUCCAGAGAGCUAUGAAUGCUACAUGAGUUGUGCGGUGACAGGAAACCCCAGACCCCACGUCACCUGGUAUAAAAAUAACAUCAGCCUCAACACCAACACCAACUACUACAUCACCAACACAUGUGGAGUGUGCUCAAUGGUGAUUCUCAAAGUCGAUUUCAAGGACAGUGGGGAAUACACAGUCAUGGCUGAAAACCCUCUGGGCAGGGUGGAGUGUUCAACUAAACUUGUUGUUAGAGAUUAAAUGUAUGCAGCUGGCCUGAACACCUCAAGAUGCCUGUUUAUGUAAAACAAAACCUGCUACCAUAUGUGCUUUUUCAUGAUAAACUGUAAUAAUGUGUUGAAAUAAAGUUGUAAAAGAAUGGAUAAAGACAGAAAACAUGAGCAGGAACUCUUGAUAACAGUCAGGAAAUGUUUUAAAAGCCCCAGUAACGGAUUGGUUCAAUCGUUUUUAUAGAGUAAAAUUCUACUCAACGAAUCUGCUGGAAGGAACUAGCACCUUGACAAGAGACACCUGUGAUUCAGAUCUAAUCAUGUUCGCCUGGACUGCUUAUUUGUUGACCUUUUUCCCAAAGCUGUGAUUAUAGUUUCUUUGUCAUUCUGAAAAAUGUCUAAAACAACUACCUCUUGGAGAGUUGUUGAUAUAACCACUUAUAUCUUAUGCUUAAACCAAGUGUUUUAGCGUUUGAAUAAUUAAUCAUGUCAACAUGUGAAUAAAUCCCUCCUACAGUGA